CCAUCAUGGCGGAUCAGGUAGUUGGCUAAUGUAUACGGAUAGCAUAUUCAACGAUUGUUUGAUUUCACACAUUUUAGGACUAACAGUAACAGCCAUUGGACAAUUUCUACACUGGGACUGCAGCCAUCGAAUUGAAACUGGUCUUGAGUGUCGGAGCAGCACGCUUGUGACAUUAAGAGAGCCGUUGUAAAUCCAGGGGCACCGGCAUAAUGGAAUGUGCUGUGGACAUUCCCUCAGGUGAGGAAGAGGCACCUGAGAAAGAUGACAUGAAGUCCAAGGAAGGAAAUGAGCCAACCCACAAGAAAAACAAAAAGCACAGAAAACACAAGAGCAAGAAGAAGAAGAGGAGGAGGAAGGGGGAAAAGGAAAGCAGUUCAGAAUCUGGUGCUGAUUCAGAUGUAGAACCACCACCUCCGAGACCAGUCAGGACCACCAGAGCCAGUGCCAGACUGGCAGCAGCUGCAGGAGCUGGAGAUCAUACUGGGCUGAAGGAAGAGGGCAAAAGGGAUGUAAUUACAGAUCGCUUAGACACAGAAGGAGAUGCAAAAUCCAAGAAACACAAAAGACAUGCUGCCAAGAAGAAGAAAAAGAAGAGGAAGAAAGAUGAAAAGCAGGAAAAGAAAUCUCCCUCUCACUCCCCAUCUGAAAGCAGCUCAGCUUCAGGUUCUGAUUCUGAAGGUGAAGGAGGUAAAGGGGCUGGUGAUGGCAAAUAUUCUCCAGCUACAGCAUCUGACCUGCAAGAACCAGUGUCCAAGCUGAUUCUGAAAAGCAAACGAGGGGAGGAGAAGGGGCUUCCCAUCCUCACACAGAAACCUGAACUGCUCGGGGUGAAGAAAGAGGAGGUAUCAGAUAUGGAUGUGUCCCCAUCUGGAGAGAAGGGUGGCAACACCAACGGAUCAGAAAAGGAUAUAAGGUCACCCUCUGCAGGCCAAGAUGAGAUAACAGAGACAGCAACAAUUAAGGGUAAGACAGAGAGUAGUCAUACUGAUGGUGCAUUCAGCCAUGCCCAGGAACUCCCUGACAUCAUCCCUAAACAGGAAGGUGCUACACCAAGAGAUGACCCAGGCCUGAAAGAUCAGGCCAAUUCAGUUCAGAGGGCAAAGGUCAAGGAAUGCGAAUCCUCCAGGUCUAGGUCUAGGUCCCCUUCCCCUUGCAGGGACCCAGACAUUAAGAGGUCUGGGUCAAGUCACAGUCUAUCACCAACACCUAGUCCCAGUAGACAGCAGUCUGAUGGUCAAGCAGCAGCAGCAGCAGCAGCAGCAGCAGCAAUGAAAGAGCGGUCAAGAACCCUUUCCAGGUCAACCUCAAAGGGAAAACGUUCUACAACUCCUCUAAAGAGUCGUCAGCCAUCACGCUCUCAGUCCCGCUCUCAGUCCCCUAAAUCUAGGAGGAAGCCACUCUCUCCAUCCCCAAAGUCAACCAAGAGAACUAGCUGUCAGUCCCGAUCCACCUCUCGCUCCCUCACCCCCAAGAAGAAGGUGUCAAAGCCUCCAAAGAAGUCCAAGUCUCCUAAACGUCGGAGGAGUUCAUCGUCUGUUUCCCCAAAGCGACACAGAAGUUCCCACUCUCCAAGAAGAAAGGUGUCACGAUCCCCUAAACGUGGUGGCCGCAGGUCCCCCUCUCUCUCUCGGUCUCCAAGGAGAAGUCGAAGGUCAGAGUCACGUCCCCGUGGAGGCACUAGGCGUUCCAGGACCCGCUCACCUAGACGAGGUGGUGCAGUUGGCAGGCGUUCACGGUCACGUUCCAUCACGAGAACCCGUCGUUCCCACUCUAGAUCAAGACGCCCUGUUCGUCGGUCUGGGUCGCGGUCACUGGCAAGGCGUGGAGGAGGCAGGCGCUCAAGGAGUCGAUCUCUAUCUCGACGUAGGAGAUCACCACCCCCCAGAUCCCGCCGCUCACGCUCCCGGUCAGUCCGCAGGAGCAGGCGGACAAGAUCUCGUUCCAUUGUAGUCCUUAAGCGCAACCGUCGCUCCAGAUCCAGGAGUGCCCGCAAACGGACCAAAUCCAGGACCCCACCUUCUCGGCGACGGUCUACGUCUCGUUCACCAGUCAGACGGCGCUCUCGUUCCCCUGGCAGGAGAAAUCGUUCUCCACCAAGGGCUGGCAAACGCUCCAAAUCUCGCUCAUUGUCUCGAAGGCAUCGGUCAAAGUCACGCUCACCACUACCUAGCAAGAGGAGGUCCAAAUCUCCCAGGAAGAGUGGAAGAAGGUCAAAGUCUAAAUCCGUCUCUGCAGGCGUGAACAGAUCUAAGUCCAGGUCCAGGUCUGUGUCAAGUGGUGGUGGGUCUGAGAGCUCCUCCCCAGCCAGAUCCACAUCCUCCUCUCCUGUUAAAGAGAAGAGGCUUUCCACUCCUCAGGCAGAGCAAACAGCAUCUGGAGAAAGUGCAGGACUUUCAGCUACAACAGGUGCGUGGAAACCUGUACCUUCAGCAGCUACCUCCAGCCCCCAUGCUGGAAGCUCCUCAGAAAAGUUGCAGCCUCAGACGCUUGCCCCCAACGAUGACAAGGAACAGAAGGAGCGUGCAAGCUCGGCCAAUGAACGAGAUGUUUCCAAGUCCAGGUCUGGUUCCAGAGAGCCUGGCACUAGCCCAGAAAGAUCAGAUCGUUCAGAAGGCUCAGAUGAAGAAGAGGAGUCUUCCUCUCCUGUUGCAACCCUCCUCAGGCUCCUCAGCUCCUCGGGUUCGGCAUCUCCAGGAGCACAGAAGAAGCGGCUGUCCAGGUCACGCUCACCUGCGGAUCGCAGGAAACUUUCACGCUCAACUUCGUUGCCUCGGCGUUCUACAUCCAAGUCUGCAUCCAGGAAGAAGCAGUCUAGGUCCAAGUCUCCAGUGAGAAAAAGAGAAUCUGUGCGACGGUCUAAAUCUCGGAGUCCUGCCCGGCGCCGGCGGUCACGCUCUGCUGCACGGCGUAAGCGGUCAUGCUCCAAGUCGCGGACGAGAGUUCGCCGGUCCAAGUCCCGCUCUCCAACCCGCAAGAGGAGAUCUCGUUCACCCAACGCCCGUGGGAGGAGGAGGUCCAAGUCCACAGACAGAAGCAAGCGAUCCAAGAGCCGCUCCACAGGCCGGAGGAAAAGGUCCAGGUCAGGAGAACGAAGCAGGCGAUCAAGGUCUCGUUCUUCUGAUCGCAGACGCAGGUCUAGGUCAAGGGGCCGAGGGAGGCGUCCGGCAUUUCGCAGCCGUUCUUUCGAUAGACGGGACAGGUGGAAAAGGGAACCUAGCCACUCUCCAGUUCUCAUUCUCCGCAAACAGCGCCGCUCAGGGUCCCGGACACGACGCAGCACCAGCAAGACUCCUCCACGGCUCACUGAACUGGAUAAGGACCAGUUACUGGAGAUAGCCAAAGCUAAUGCUGCUGCCAUGUGCGCUAAGGCGGGGGUGCCCAUUCCUGAGAGUCUUCGGCCGAAAGCCAUUCUCCAGCUCCCUCUGCCCACUCCAUCUCCUGCUCCACUCUCCUUACCUCUACCUUUACCUCUCCCAAUGGGCAUGGGGAUGCCCAACAUGCCGAAUAUGCCCAACAUGGGUCCAAUGGGGAUACCCAAUAUUCCAGGAAUGCCCAGCAUGUCAAACAUCACCAUGAGUGCUGCUAUGGCAAGUAUGACAGCAGCUACUAUGACAGCUGCCUUGACCAACAUGGGUGCCCUGGCGGCCAUGCCUCCCCUUGCCCCACUUCCUACCAUCACCAACAAGCCUCCCCCGUGCCUCGCGCCCCCAACACCAACCCUCAACCUGGACCACAUUGAGGAAGCAAAGCGAAAGGUCACUCAGCAAGCUAACAUACACACCAUCAAGGAGCUUACAGAGAAGUGUAAGAUGAUUGCAAAUAGCAAGGAGGAGAUGGCCAUUGCAAAGCCCCAUGUCUCAGAUGAUGAAAGCUAAAACCACACAGCCAUCACGCCAUUCUUCUCAAGGACUUGAGGAAAAUGUAAAAAAAACACCAACAAAAAAAAAAAAACAACACACUUUACAGGAGGACCUACCUUUCCACAGUUCCCUUUUGGUAGCCAGAUGACCUGACUGAGCCUCAUAAACCACCAAGAAGAAGAAUAGCACCCUAGUUGUCACAGUUUCAACAGUUUCAGUGCACCAGCCACUGCCCCACUCAGCUCCCCAGUUUGUUUCUUGUUUGUGUGUGUGAGAGAGAGAGAGAGACUGGCACACUGUCACCUGUGAUACCACUGAGGAAACUGGACACACUCACAUGUGUGCACAGUUUUCUGACUAUAGUGAGUGUGAGCCUGUGUGUGAAUUGUGCGAGUGUGUGUGUGUAUAUAUAGUGACUUUCACCACCAACUCCUCAGUGAUGCUGCUCAUUUAAGCAGUCACUGUUGUAAAGACUGAAGAGGAAACAAACCAAACUAACUAGUGGCGCAAGUGUUUUUGUAAAAGAUUAGUUUCUCUAAAUUUGUUUUACUUUUAUGCUUUCUUAAGGGAUUGUGUUAAGUGGAAAGUGCUUCCUUGUUCUGCUGCAUUUCCCUUGGUUACCUCUAGUCCCCGGUUUUAUAAACUAAUAAUGCAGAUGAAGCUUUGGUAGAUCCUCAUGUGAUUUGUUUUUACACAGAGUGACCACAUGUUGUGAAUCCUGGAACAGAGUGCCAGAUAGGAUUAUUUUGGCGUAAGGGAAUAAUUGAAUAUAUUGGCUGCAAAAAGAAUAAGGUUUUGAACUUUGACUGACACAGAUUAUCACCUCCAUUCACAGAACAUAACUAAAUUCCGUAAGUAGCGCCCUGGGUGUGAUUUUUCUUUCCCUCAUUUUUAGAUGGCACCGAGCUAAUUCUUUGACCUAGUCUUUCAUUGGGGCUUUGUUGGUAUUGUUUUCAACGUUGGAAACAUAUUUGCUGUAGGUUUAAAUUGAUAUUUACCGUUUAACACCAGUAUUCUUACAUGCAGUGUUGUGUGUUUGUAUACGAUACACACAAAAUGUUACCAUUAGUUGCUGGGCAUUGCAAAUUGGGUUGAUGGCUGUCUUGGUGAUCAGAUUGACUGGACCUUGAACCACCAAUCUUAGAAUAUGUCAGUGAAUCCAUAUUUUGUUUCCCUGAUAUGAUAAAGGAGGGAUGAAAAUGACGUUUCCAUUAAACUUCACACUGUCAGCGGACGUAAUCGUUACUUGUUUAGAACAUUUAUAUUUGACUGUGUGACUGAAUACAUGAUAAACAAUUGGCAUUUAAAAAUAAACACCUUUGCCUUUG